CCAAUAACUGUUUUUUCAUCUAUAAAUACCUGCAACACUCCCUCCAUUCUUCAUCAAACCAUUUCAUCACUCCAAACCACAAUGGCUAAGUUCUUUGCUGGUUUCCUGUUAGCUCUCAUCGCCAUUUCGAUGGUUCAAACCUUUGUUUCUGCUAGUGGAGGACAUCGCGGCGGAUUCGGGCCUGGAAGCCUGACUAGCUCUCAGUGCCCUGGGCAAUGCGUACGAAGAUGCAGCAAAACGCAGUACCACAAGCCGUGCAUGUUCUUCUGCCAAAAGUGUUGCGCGAAAUGCCUGUGUGUACCGCCUGGUUUCUACGGCAAUAAGCAAGUGUGCCCGUGCUACAACAACUGGAAGACCAAGGAAGGCGGACCGAAAUGCCCUUAGAGGUCAUGGAUAUUUACAGGACGUGUGAAUCUGUUAUGUAGUACUACUUGCUUUUUGCUCUUGAAUGCGGUUAGGUUGUUAUAGCGUGAGGUCUGUUUUAGCAGAAGUUAAAACGGACUAACGGAAUUUAAUGGUUGUUGGUUGGUAGUUGUUACUCUGUUGGAUGCUGUUACUGCAUCGAACAUGUGAUUGGGCCCAAAUGUUUUACGAUUAAUAUUUUUAUUCUAUUCAAAUAUAUAUUUUAUUA